CGCUACUGGGGGGGUCGCCAUGCUUGAGCUCUGGUGGGAAAUUUGUAACUUCUUUGAGUAAGUUUGCACCGUGUCUGCAUUGUCUCAUCCCUCAAAACAUGGCUCUAAACUUUCAAGCUUCAACACUGUCGCUGACCCUGCCGAUUUCUUGCCAAAUAUGUCUUGGAAAGGUCAGACAGCCCGUGAUAUGUGCCAACAACCACGUGUUCUGCUCGAGUUGCAUGGAAAUGUGGUUGAAGAAAGCGAGUCAGUGCCCCACAUGCAGAGUGCCCAUCACACCAGAGAACCCCUGCAGAGAAAUCAUUGGAGGCACAAAUGAGAGUGAUCACAAAGAGACUGCUUCUACAAGAAAAUGCUUGCGAAAAACAAGAGUGGAGCUAUUUUUUAGGGAGUAUGAGGAUGAAAUUGAAGGCCUCAUCCAUGAAAAUGAGGAGCUAAAAAACAAAAAUCAACAUCUGGAGUCCCAACUGAAGACUGCUCUGGAUCCCAGCUCUAUCAACACAGAGGUAACUGAUGACAAAAGAGUGGAUUCCCUCAUCCUGGAUGAAUUGACCAAUAAGCUGCGGGCUGCUACUGAUGCUUGUGAGAAAGUAAAGCAAGACAUGGACAGGCUUAAGGAGGCAAACAAAGCAUUACGAUCUCAAAACAUUGACCUGGUACAAGAGAACAUGAGGCUGAAAGCUGAGGUUGCAAGCAGAUCUCCUCAAAAGUUUGGGCGCUUCACAGUAGCAGCCCUUGAGGCCAAAAUCCAGCAGUAUGAACGUAACAUAGACCAGUUAAAACGGGCUCUGGAGCGCAGUGACCAGUAUAUAGAAGAGCUUGAGUCACGCAUCAAAAAGUCAGAUAAGAAAGGUGCUGAAUUACAGGAACCAGUCCGGCAACGCAACAAGAGUGGGCCUGAAGACUUCACGCAGCAACAGAAAAUCAACAUGAUGAUGAGGAGUUUGAGUGACAACGAACGUCUGUCUAUCUGCAGCAACCCAGAGGCAGACUGUCGGACAUUUCCUCAAAACCAUGGCUUGAUGUUCCUGCCGUCAGGAAAAACUCCGACAGGAAAGCAGAAGAGUGAGGACUUGAACGGCAUCAGUGUGGACUUCAUGCCCUCCACUCCAUCUUCAGCUUUUCGCUCUUUGACACUGAAAAGUCCUGGAGUCCGAGAGAAAAAGGUUGCAUUUAGGCCUGGCUCUUAUCUAAGGAGGCUUGAUUUUGAUGAUUUUCCUAGUCCAAGUAAAGGUGGCACAGCAGGAGUCAGUCAGUUUAUGAUUCUAAAUACGUUGAAUCCAAACACUGAAGCUGACACCAAGUCCAUGUGCUGGGACAUCUGGAAUAAAUCUAAACCUCCUGAACAACCAUGCCCUGGCCCAAGUAAAGAGAGCCCACUCAAAGGUGCAGCAUUAGCUGGUUCAUCUGACAAUUAUCAGACAAUGAGUGAGGCGUCUAUGGAUGCUGCUUACCUGGAUAAAAUCUCUGAGUUGGACUCCAUGAUGCUGGAUGGUGAGAGCCUCAGCAGUCGUGGUUCACAGGUCUCCUUGGUGUCUUCUCCUACAACAGAUUUAGAAGCCACUUUAGUCUCAGAAACACAGAUCACCUCGACAUUUGUCCCUGUUCAGUGUGGCAAAGAUGCAUUGGACAAUAACCAGCAAAACCAACCACCGUGUGAAACUACAGAUUUAAAGCUUCCUAUCAAAGAGGGUCACAAACGAGCCCUUUUACCUGCUACGAGCAGUGAAGGUGGUGGACCCUCCCAGACUGAUGAACUGUCCUUUGAGCUGUUGUUUGAUUCACUGGAUGAAAACAGGGAUGGUGCUGCAUGUCACCAGGAUCCAGACAAAGCUGGCUGUUCGUCCUAUGGCAGUGAUAAACCUGAAAACACAGGAGAUAGAAACACAGUGAACAUGAUACAAGCAACAAAGAGGAAGUCCUAUAGCCCCUUUACCACGAGCAGUCCCACUAAAUUGUCCAAGCUCAUGUGAAGGGAUGCUGUUGUUUAUAAUCUUGUUUAUAUACAGUACAGUUUACAUGAAUUGGUGCUUUGUAACUAAAUAUUUCUUGCAAAUUUUUGUGACCUGUAAAGACUGAUUAUUUUGCAAAGCCUGGCUUAGGACUACAGAAGAAACAGGAAAAAAAAAAAAAGGAAGAAAGCAAAAUUGUGAAAAAAUAGCUGAAAGAAAAGUGUCAGUUCUCGGCAAACUCAAAAAAACAAAAAAACAAAAAAAACACAAAACAAUAAAAACUAAACAAAAAAACACCCAGCACAUUUAUAUGUAAAAAGUAAAUAAAAAAUAUGCAAUCAAGCUCUUCGUGUUUGCAUUUGACAUUACUGGUAGUCAUUACAGCAAUACAUUACAUUGUGUAUUGUUUAAAAUUGCUUUUCUUUGAUACAGAUGUUAUACAUUUUCUCCUUGCAAGUCAUAAUAGGGCUUAAUAACACAUUCACAUCAUGACACACAUUGGGGACCUCACAUGCUCUGUAAAUGUAUUGCAACACAAAAGAGGCUUAUUUAUUAUGUAAAUUUAAUGAUAUCAUGUAUGUUUCACAUACCUCUAAUCACUGCAUGAAAUUUUAAUUGAACAGCCUUUGUGGUUUGGUUUGAAUAAAUGAAGUGUUAAUUCA